AUGUCGUCCUCUGGCAAUUUCUAUAUAGAACUAUUAAACAAUAUUAUUGUUUAUAUUUAUCGAUAUGCAACACCUGUGAUUUAUAUAAUUGGUAAUAUUGGAAAUUUAUUAAAUGCUUGGGUUUUUCUAAAAAAGUCAUGGAGUAAAAAUGUUUGUGUAUUAUAUUUUAAAGUUUGCCUUUUUCUUAGUUCAGCCUAUCUUAAUUCCGUUAUUCUUGGAAAUACAUUUAUUAUUGGUUAUAAUAUAAAUGCACAUAAUUCCAAUAUCGUAUUAUGUAAACUAUUUUUCUAUUUCACUUUUCUUAUUUCUAUGCUUUUAACUACUGUUCUUGUUCUUGCAUCCGUUGAUCGUUUAUUAAUUUCAUCUCAAAAUGUUGAUACACGUUUAUAUAGUUCAAAGCGUUUAGCUUAUUUUUCGAUUAGUUGUAGUACAAUUUUUUGGAUGAUAUUCAAUAUUCAUGCUUUUAUUCGAGUAAAUAUUCAAGUCAUCCCUCCUUCAUUUGUUAUUUGUUAUUAUGAUCCUAUAAAACUAUAUGCUGAUUUUAUUGUUUAUUUGUCAAUGACUUUUAAUUGUCUUUUUUGUUUUCUAAUGAUUAUUUUGUGUGUAUUAUCUGUUAAAAAUGUUCGUCGUAUUCGUAUUAUUCCACGUCAACAACGAAAUCAAAUUCGAUCAAUGACAAAGAAAGAUUUUCAAUUACUUCGUUGUUUAUUCUUGUUCACAAUACUUCAUACUAUUGCCAGUAUUUUUCCAACAAUAUAUUCUAUUUAUGCUGUAGCAACAAGUGGAAACACACCACCAACACUACUACAACGAGCAAUUGAUGAUUUUUUAAAGCAUCUUUUCAAUUUUUGUUAUUAUAUUUUUUAUAGUACUAGUUUCUUCAUAUUUUUUGGCGUAUCAAAAGCUUUUCGACAAGAAUUGAAACGAAUGAUCUACAAACUGUUUGGUCAACAUCUAAUACCAUUACAAGAAGAUGAACAAAAAGAGAAAAAUAAUGCACACAGCAAUGUGGAAGUCAAUGUUGUACCUAUCUAUACCGUCGGACAGUUAAAAAUAGUUGAUGUCUAA